AUGGUGUCGACUAUGGAUCUACAUUGCCAUGUGCGACGAGAUGAGCAAGAUUUACGUGUCGAUGAUCAAGCGGCCAAAACAGUUUCUCAUAACAAAAGGCUUAAAAUUGGAAACAUUGAUCAUGAGCAAUUCCGACCGGGUUCUCUAGUUAAAAUGAAGCUUGAGAAUUUUGUCACUUACACACUCACUGAAUUCAAUCUUUCACCAUCUUUAAACAUGAUUAUCGGUCCAAAUGGAUCAGGUAAAUCAACGUUUGUCUGUGCAGUAUGUUUGGGACUUGCGGGAAAGCCUGAGUAUAUUGGCCGUAGCAAAAAGGUUUCAGACUAUAUUAAGAAUGGAGAGGACAGUGGAAGUGUUGAGAUCACGCUAAAGAACUCACCAAUUGUAAAGCAAAUCGCUGCAGUAGAGCCUGGGGAUGAAGUUAUAGUGAUAAAACGUAUAAUGAGCCGACUUAAAACGAAAUCCGAAUAUUUUAUCAAUGGUAUAGGCGUGUCAGAGUCCACCAUCAAAUCUUUGAUCUUGCAACUGAACAUCCAAUUAGACAAUUUGUGUCAGUUUUUAUCGCAAGAGAGAGUUGAAGAAUUCGCUCGGUUGAAAUCAGAUAAACUUUUAGUUGAAACAAUAAGAUCCAUCGAUUGUGAUUUGAUUGCUGUCUUGAAUCAAUCGAAGCAAUUCCAGACCCUUCAAUUAAAUACUCAAAAAGAAUUGGAGAACAACAAUAAAAGAGUGGAUACUCUAAAGGAAAAACGUCAGAAAUUGGAUGAAUCUGUGAGGGCUUUCAAAGAAUAUGAGAGGAAAAAAAGGGAAAUCGAAAUUCAUGUGCAAUUAUUACCUUAUGUUAAGGUGAAAGAUCACAAAGUUAAGUCUCAAGCAUAUAAGAGAGACUAUGAAGAAGCAAAGGCUAACCUUAAGGCACUAUUGAAAGAAAAAAAGCCAUUUAGCAUUGUUCAAAAAGAAGUAGAGAAGAACAGUGAUAGUUUGCAAGAUAAGAUUGAUAAAAAAAUAGAGGACAUGAAUCGAGGUAAGGAAAAGUACAAACAAAAUGUCGACCAAUUGGAACUGAUGAGGGAGAAUAUCGAGAAGAAGAGAAGUCAAAAUAAGUAUUAUCGAGACAGGACGAAUAUUUUGAAGUCAGAAAUUUUGAAGACGAAAACCCGCCUAGAAACAGCUGAGAAGGAGUUAUCUCAAAUGGAAAGUCCAGACUCAAGCAGGUUGGAUGAGAUAUCUUUUCAGAGAAAAGAGUUAAUCAAACGGGAAACAGAUAUUCGAGAUCUUAUUAUGGAACUUGAUAGCAAAGGAACAGCCAUAAGCCAUGAAGUAGGCACGUUAACGAGACAGAUCGAAAAUAGGCAAAGGUCCUUACAGGGUAGCGACAGAAUAAGUGUUCUUGACCAAAGCAGAGAUUUAUUGGAAGUUAAAAAGGCAGUUCUUUAUAUUCGAAGCAGACCCGAGAUGGCCAACAAGGUUUUGGAACCUCCCAUUAUGUCAAUUUCUGUCGGCAAUCCUAAAAUUGCAGCAUAUUUGGCCCAAUGUGUUGACUACAAUACAUGUAAAGCUUUUACCGUAACAGAUUCGGAUGCAUACGAGAAGUAUGCAGAUGAGAUUUUGCAAAGAUUCAAGGUCAAUCUCAGGGAACUUUCUAACUACGACUCUAAUCAGCCUAUUCAAAUACCUAGACUACGUGAAUUGGGCUUUGAAGAUUACCUCUCCAAUUUUGUUAGUGGAGAUCGUAAUGUCAUUCAAAUGUUAUGUCAGUUUAGCAAAAUUCAUACAAUUCCAAUAUCUCGCCGGGAAUUAAGUCCUGCCCAACUCAGUUCAUUGACAAGCCCAGAUAAAAAUGGACGUCUUUUGUUCAAAAGAAUGAUCCAUGGGAACAAGGUUGUUGAUAUUAAAAGAUCACUUUAUGGUAGGAAGCAGGUAUUCAUGGUUGACUCAAAUGUCAAGGAUACCAACUUUUAUCAAGCAUCAGUGAUCUCAGAGGAACACUUAAAGCGCACAAAUUCCGAUAUAUCUCAGCUUCAGUCUCGAAUUGAGAAUGGAAAGGCUAAAUUGGAUGGCCUUGCACUGGAAAAAAAUCGAUACAAACAGAAAGUGUCGAAUAAUCAAAUAGAACAGAAUUCCUUGGCCAAAGAAGCUCAUUCUUUGAAUAUGGUUCGUCAAAAAUAUACUAUGAAGAAAAAUGAAAUUAUCCAACUAGAUGCCGAUAUUAAACAGCUUGGAAGUAAGUUGAAAAAGGAUGUAUCGCAUAAAAUUCAAGCUGUUGAAGAAGAAAUUGCACAAUUGAUUGCAACUGAGAUGGAGGGCAUACAAAAGGUUAUAGAACUUGCCGAAAAAUUGAGCCACUACCAAAGAGAACACAUUCUUUCCGAGCUACGUCAUUUUGACUCGAAAAAUAUUGAUAUGUCCAUGAGGGAUGUUUUUAGUCAUUAUUCCCAGCGAGAGAAUGAGCUAACUUUGGAGUACAAUGAAAAGAAGAGGAUUUUGAAAGAUACGAGAAAAACGGCUGAAUAUCGAGAGUGGAUACGGCAAAUAAACUCAUACAGUGACGAAACAAAGGAAAAGCUUAACGAAUACGCAGAAGAAUACGAGAAAUCACAUAAUUUUAAUUUACAGUUCAUACAAAGCAUGGUUGACAGGUUAGAAUCCGAGAUUGCGACGGAAAACCAUGAUGAAUCGGCGAUCACAAUUCUUGAAGAAGUAGAAAGGGAACUUAAGCGUUUGGAGGAUAUAAUACCAACCCAACUUCAAGAACUGAACGAAGUUAAACAAGAAUUUCAUCGUCACUUUGUUGUAUUGGAGCCGAGACUUGAUGAUAUGACCGCCAAAAUUUCUGCUCGGUUUUCUCAGCUGUUCAAUAACGUGGGAAGCGCAGGCGCUAUACAGCUAGACAAACCUCAUUUAAUCUCAGAUUGGAAGCUCGAAAUUAUGGUUAAGUUUAGAGAUAACGCUGUACUGAAAAAAUUGGAUUCUCACGCACAAUCUGGUGGUGAAAGAGCCGUUUCAACUGUCCUGUACAUGAUUGCCUUACAAGAAUUUGCAAAUGCACCAUUCAGAGUUGUAGACGAGAUUAACCAAGGUAUGGACUCCCGAAAUGAGAGAAUUAUGCACAAAUGCAUAGUGGAAAACGCCUGUGCUGAGAACACCUCACAAUAUUUUUUGAUCACACCAAAAUUGCUUACUGACUUACAUUACGACGAAAAUAUGAGAAUCCACUGCGUUAUGGCAGGUCCCUGGAUACCCGAUCCUGUUGAACGUCCUGAAAUGGUCAAUUUCGGUCAAACUUCACGAUAUGUAUUCUAA